AUGUCCUCUCAGUCCAUUCAAACACCAAGGGCCCGUGUUCGCGAGGUCUUUCCCGGCCUUGACAUGGGAAAAUGGCCAACUGGCAAGCUCAAUUCCUUGACAGAUGUGCCUGGUGUCCUCGUUCACACCGAGUCCGUCCAGACGGACCAAAGCGUCAAUACUGGGCUGACGACAAUACUGUUUCGGAAAGACUGGGCCAAAUAUGCCUGCUUUGCUGGGGUCUUCAGUUUCAACGGCUGCGGUGAAAUAACAGGAACGCACUGGAUCAACGAAACUGGCCUUUUAACUUCUCCCAUUGUCUUAACGGGAACAGGAUCUGUUGGUGAUGCCUAUCGUGGCAUUCUCGAGUAUUGCUACCAACACUACCGUAAUGAAGAUGGAGAUAUGGGCCUGUUCCUUUUCCCUACCGUCGCGGAGACAUAUGAUGGAUAUUUAAAUGACCCGAGCAGGUUUGCCGUCACCCCACAGCUUGUGACUCGCGGUAUAGAGAAGGCAACCGCAGACCGUGUACCUGAAGGAAACACAGGUGGCGGGACAGGAAUGAUCUGUCACAGAUCCAAGGGUGGCACGGGCUCCAGCAGUCGUUUAGUCGAAGGGUUUGAUGUCUCCGGAAACCCAACGACGUACACAGUUGGCGUUCUAGUCCAGGCCAACUACGGCUCGGCAGAAAACCUGCAUAUUGGUGGCAUCCCGGUCGGAAAGAUUAUCAAAGCUCAAAAUGCAGCGCCAGCUAAGACGACUGAGGAGACGCACGGUGGGCCACGGAAAGAUGGCAGUAUUAUUAUCAUUGUUGCCACGGAUGCUCCUCUCCUGCCAGUUCAGCUUCAGCGUCUUGCAAAGCGUGCCACGGUGGGAUUAGGCAAGGUUGGCGGGUACGGAGCCAACACAUCGGGAGACAUCUUUCUUGCCUUCUCAACGGCGGCACAUAUCCCAUUCCCAGAGAUAAGCAUGGGUCCGGCCGCACCAAAAGCGGUCAGUCCAUAUACGCCAAGCGCGCAGGCAGUCGAAAUGUCAGAUAACGAUACCAUCACCGGCCUAUUCGAAGCUGUCGCAGACGCAACGGAGGAGGCUAUCUACAACUCCAUGUUUAUGGCCGAGAGUAUGAUAGGUCAAAAAUCUAGAAGCGUAGAAGCUUUGGAUAUAUCACAGGUUAAGGAAAUUGUCCAAAAGCGGCUGGACAUAAACUGA